CUUUUCAAGGGCACAUUUCUUAACAUUCUUUAAAAAUUUCAAUGUCACAUGAUUGACGUUCACUGUCUAACCGGAAAUGUUACAAGAAAUUGUAAAAAAGCACUUUUCUUAGCCAAUUAUGGCUCAAAAAGAGAGCAGCGAUAAGGCCAACUACCAAAAUCCUCCAUUAACGAACGACCUGACGUUUAAAUCAAACACCCUUCCGGCCUCGUUGCCCAACCCCAGCACGUCCAGUGUAAAAAUCCGGAAAUCUUCGAACAUUUUCACCGCCCUGGUGCGAAAAGCCAAAAGGAAGAAAACCCCAAAAAACGAUGCAGUGAAAAACAUCCAUUUCUCGUCCAAUCAGAAUUUAAGCGGGUCCAGUACCAUGUCUCUUGCCGCCCAUAUUGAGGAGGAGGUCGAGUUAAAUUCUCAAAAUUUCGAGAAAAAAUGCAGCCAAAACCAACAGGAAGUGAUUUGGGAGAGUCAAAUGUUGAGGAGUGAGACCAAUACAUCUAAUCCUUCUGAAGUAUCAUCUAGUAAAACGGCAGCGAACCUCUUUGCCCUUCGGGAAAUCCAGUCGGGGCAACUUAUUUUUAAUGGUAAUGAUCCCAGUAGAAGCAACUACGUCCAGAGGGAGAAAUGCAGAGAUGAAAAGUGUCCGUCUGUCAUGGAGAGUUUCAAGGAUGAUAUAUUGCUAUCCUCGUUUAUUAAUUAUGGAAAACCCCCCUUGGAUAUCACCCAUACCAAUGCCCUGCUAUUCCUGCAAGAGACUAUAAAUGGACUUCAGGAGAGUGAAAGUCAUAUUUUGGGACUAUUGGUGAAGUAUAUUGGCGAUCCUGAGGCUCAAAAGGAUCUCAAGGACGCCAUAACAAACCACGCAAAAAUGCAAUGGGAAGCAGAAAGGAGAAGCUGCUCGUUGGCGAACGACAUCUGGAUGCAACACCUGGAAGUAGGAAGAACGCAGGAAAAAGUGGUGCAAAACACCCUAAACUCCUUGAUCAGACAAAACAGGCAACUGCAAAUCGAAAACGAGAGCUUGUACCGGAAGUAUGAGAAAGCAUGCAAAGUGACCAGAGGAUACCCGGAUCAUAAGAAUCGAUAUCAAGAUUGGGAUAGCCAAGUAGAUUCGUUACUGCGUCACAACGAGAAACUCCAAAUAAAACUAGAAAGUCUCUUCAAGAAAAUCGAGAGUCUUGAGAGCGAGUUGCACAUGUUCCAAAAGCAGAAUGACGGAAUGGAAGAUCAGCUGAGGAGCUACACCUUGAAAAUGCAAAAUAUGAAAGGUGAAUAUCAUAAGCUGAAGACAGACUACGAGAUUGAGCUGGUGUCAGUGAACUUCAAGCUGAACACCAAAGAGAACAUUCUUAAAGAGGCUCUGGAAGUGGGGGAUAUCCUGCUGGACGACUUGGAAACUUUGAAGAAUCAGCUGAAAUCGGUACCGUUCGCUCUUAACUGGACAAACCUAAAGAUCAAGGGUAACUGCUUAACAGAUUUAAUCCAUAUAUGUCGUUCAUGCAUCAACGAACUUUCCAAGGAGCUGCUGCAUUUCCAUAACGAAAAUGUCCUAAAAGAUAAGGAUUUGUCAGCCCUAAAAGAAACCAACAAGAGCCUACAAGAAAACUUGAAGAAAUCCAUAUCGGAACUGGACGUGAUGGUGAAGAAAGUCGAGGAAAUUUCCGGUCUGGUUGAUGAAAAAUCAAUUCUGGAACAAAAAUGUAAAAUUCUCGAGGGUACUUUGCGGACAUCCGAAGAAAAGGCUGAACAACUAAGACUUCAGUAUGAGGGAGAGAAGAGUAUUUCGGUCCAUAACGUUACCAAUACUGAUAAGUUUUUGCAGGAGCUACAAGAAAAGGACAAAAUUAUUGAACAAACGAAACUAUUCGUCGCCAACAUUACAACCGAGAAUUACUCCUUACAAAACGAACUUAGUGCCCUCCAUAAAAUCAUCAAAGAAACUGGGGCGGGUGAUAUUCUCAAGGAAAUUGAACAUAAACAAGAAGAAUUGCAGUAUGUUAAAAAAGAAGUCGAUAAGCUUAGAGAUGAAAACAUUCAACUAAAACUUGAAAAAGAAACCACUAAAAGUGAAAAUACCGUCUUAGCAAACAACCAUGAAGUAACCCUGAAAACCAUUCAAAGACAAGUGAAGGAUAUCGAAAAGCUCGAGAGCGAAGUGAAUAAUCUGAAGCAAAAGCUCGAUACGGAACAUCAAACGACUUUGUCCUUACAAACUGAACGCAUGAAAUACUUAGAAGAGAAAAACAUCUUAAAGUCAAUAAUUCACCACCUAAAAACCGAAAUGAUGCAGCAAAAAGAGCUAGAAGGUCACCUUGCCAAUGUAAAAAGAGAAGCCAGCAAACUAAACGUAAUGGCAGAAUACAGUAAGAAGCAAGGAGAAAAACUCAAAGAAGAGAUUCUAGAGCGAGACAGGACGAUAAACGAACUACAAAACAACAUGCAAAAACUGAAUGAAAUUCAGAUUCAACACGCCAAAGAGAAACUCGCACUUUGUCAGGAGCUUAAUGAAGUUUCCCAGUUAAAAGACAAACUGAACGACGGAUUGAAUAAUGAGGUGAAGAAGAACGUGGAGUUAGGACAUUCUAAAGAAGCAAUGGCCAAAUCCGUUCAGUUUCAGAUGCAACGACUAGAAGAGAAGUAUAGAAAUGAAAAGACCGCCAUAAGAAUUCUGCUAAGGGACUUGAAGGCGGCUAAUGAAGAGAAGGAACACGCUGUUCAAGAGAAGCAUAAACUGAUUGCAGAAAACGACCAACUCAAGUGCAAACUCUCAGAUUUGCAAGAGAAAUUCAACGGUGGAGUAAAAGAGUUGGCACUAAAGCACGCAGAAAUAAGCGAACUAAGAAAAGAUAUCGACAGAAAUGAGAAACUGCAUAAGGAAUCCAACACGAAAUUAGAAAAUGAAACGAGCAAAUACGAAGUGAACAUUAAACAGCUGAAGAAACUUAUCGAGCACCUGAGAGAUGAUAAGAAAACUUUGGAAACCAGCAACGAUUACUUGAAAAAUAAUAUUGAGAAACUUAAUAAGGACCUAAACUGUUUGAGGGAGAAAGAGAAGUCUAUGACAGAAACAAUAAAUCAUCUAAAAAAGGAACUGGAUGCAACAAAACAGUCCUUACAAGAAGCAACAAAUGCAGCAACCAACUUACAAAAAGAAAAAGAACAUUUAACAGAGGAAAAAUACAAAAUAAUGACCGAAAAGGGUAACUUGGGAAAGGAAAAUGAAUAUUUGAACUCGUUAAUGGAAAAAAUCGUCGAUGACUUUGAAAAGAGCAUCAGAUCAUCGGAAGACAAGGAAAACUUGUUUAAAGACGAACUGGAUGCCACCAAGAGGAUCAUAUUUGACUAUGAAAAAGACAAUCAGGACUUAAAACAAUCAUUAGAUAUUAAAGAAAAAAGGAUUCAGGAGCUGCUCGAUCUUUGCGACAAAGGGAAUUAUUAUGAGAAGAAAUGCUUGCAGUUAAAAGAGGAGUUGGGCUUAGUGGAAAAGGACUGCCAGAACCUAAAAGACCUCAAAAAAACCUUAGAGAACCAACUGAUUGAUCUACAAGACGACCAAAAACGAUUAACCAUCCACAUAACCCACAUGGAAAAAGACACCAAUGUCCUAGAAUCCCAGUUGAAAAUAGUCCUUGAACAGAAAGAGGAAGAUUAUAUGCUUUAUAAAAAGCAUUUUGCGGAACUUACCAGGGCACGAGAGGAGUCGGAAGAAAAACACAAGAAAACCAUAGAAAACCUGGAAAGCCAAGUAAAAGAACUAACGGGAAAACUUCAGCAUGAGAAGAGAGCCUAUGAAACUUUAUCGCAAUUGCAAAAAGAAGUUUCCGGAAAGUUCAUGAAGAGCAUUAAAGAUUUGGUGGAAGUGAAAAAUGUUAAGCAACAUUUAAUGGAGAAGUCGAAAAGGGAGGAAACGAUUAUCAUGGAAAAAGAAAAUGAAAAAAGGGAGCUUGAAGUGAAAAUUCAAGAUUUUACGGAAAAAUUAGAAAAAUCUAACCGAGAAAUCAUCGAAUUAAAAAGUGAGAAUGAGGAGCUUAAAAUGCGAUGCAAUAAACUUUCGAACAAAAUACGUUAUUUAGAUGCAGAAGUACUUUUAAAAUAUUAUUCUUGA